ACCGGCGCACAGAACCCCACAGUUCUGCACACUCCAGAUUAUUCGAACCUAAGAUCAAUAUUUCAUUUUAUUUCACAUUGUAUUUGUUUUCUUCUAUGUUCACGUUGCUUCCCCCAUUAUGUGACCAAAACUUGCACCGUUUCAUAUGCAAACCUGAAAUCAUAUUUCAGAUGUUUCUUCGGCUGCUGUCUCAUUCCAUUCUGUGUGAAUACGUGCAAAGAUGUGGUGCACAAAUGCCCGUCCUGUGGACAGCGCAUCGGAUCGUAUCGGAGAAUUUGA